CUUCGCGCCCAUACGUGAUCGGCCUGACUGGAGGAACCGGGAGUGGGAAAACCUCCAUCGCUAAACUGCUGGGGCACCUGGGAGCAUUCCUCAUCGAUGCUGACAAGCUGAGCCACGCCGUCUAUGCGCCCGGUGGCCCUGCCUACGGGCAGGUGGUGGCAGCCUUUGGGACAGAAAUCGUGGAUGAAGAUGGGACGAUUAACAGGAAAGUCCUUGGGGCCAAAGUGUUUGGGAACCAGGAGCAGCUGAAGAGCCUCACGGACAUUGUGUGGCCUGAGGUGGCCCGGAUGGUCAAGGAGCAGAUCGAGGAGGCAGAUGCUCAAGGGAAGGCCGUGUGCGUGCUGGACGCUGCCGUGCUGCUGGAGGCUGGCUGGCAAGACAUGGUCCAUGAGGUGUGGACGGCCAUCAUCCCGGAGGAGGAGGCUGUGAGGCGCAUCGUGGCCAGGGACGGGCUGAGCGAGGAGGCUGCCCGCGGCCGGCUGCAGAGCCAGAUGACCAACAGCCAGAGGGUGGAGCGGUCGCAGGUGGUGCUGUGCACGCUCUGGGAGCCCGAUGUCACCUGCAAGCAG